UUUGGCUCGAGCACCCCCUCCCCCCCCGGGCGGCGCCGCCCGCCCUCGGCGGGGCGCUGCGCAGCAGGGGGAGGCGGCCAUGCUCGUGGCGCGGAUGAAGGGCGUGGUGCGCCACCGCCUCUUCGAGGUGUCGAUGGCAGCGGCCGUCGUCAUCAACGCAUUAGUGUUGGUGGUCGAGACCGACACUCGCCCAGAAGAGGACACCGUGUUGUGGUUGGCGUUGGAUUGGGUUUUCACCAUGAUUUUCAGCAUCGAACUGGGGAUGCGCGUGCUGGCGUCCCAGUGGAACUGGCACAGGUCGGCAUGGAAUGUAUUUGACGCGGUGCUCGUGGCUAUAAGCUGGAUUGAUGUGAUGGUCUUACCCCUGCUUCAGGGCAGUCUAGAGCUUCGCAUCCUUUCCGUCUUUCGCGUGGUCCGACUCUUCAGAAUGCUGCGUAUAUUACGGCUGUUGCGCAUCUUCCGUUUUGCGCAUCAGUUGGUGUUGUUGCUCCACGCCAUAUGGACAGCCAUGCGCACAAUGGUCUGGGCCGUUGCUCUUGUCGCGAUGGUGCUGUAUACCUUCGGCAUGCUCAUCACGAGGAUGGUGGGCAAGAGCUGCUGCGACGAGGACGACAUGUUUCAGGAGCCUCUCAUUCUUGAGUGGUAUGGCACCUUGCCGCGUACCAUGUUUACAUUGUUCCAGUUCAUGACGCUGGAGGGCUGGCCAGAGAUCGCGCGAACAACGAUGGCAUAUCCUUGGCUGACGUGUUUUUAUGUUUUCUUCAUACUGCUCACAAGCGUCUCGUUACUCAAUACCGUCGCCGGCGUUCUCACAGAGAGCAUACUGGAUACGUCGCGGAAGAAGCAUGAAGAGCGAGACGAAGCAGAGGACCGCAAACUCGAGGAGAGGCUGAACGAGUUGGCCAAGGAGUUCACAGAGGCGGACCGCGGCAGGCUGGACCAGUACGCCUUGAUAGAGGCCGCGGAGAGCCCUGGCCCUCUCCGAGACUUCCUGACCAAGGUGCAGUACAUGGACCACGCGGGGAACAUGGAGCCCGCGCUCGACCUCUUCAGGCUCCUGGCGGACGGCGACGACAUGGUCUCGCGGGAGGCGUUUGUGGACUCGGUGCGCAGCUCCCGCGGCCGGAUCCGGUCGAAGCACCUGCUGGCCCUGCGGCGUGAGAUCCGCAAGACGGACCCUGUGUUGCUGGAGGCCGACGCCCACCUGGGACGGGUGGAGGUGCAGAUCCUCGACCUGCAGGGCCUCGCCGCCCCCCCGCGCGGACCGCGCCCUGGCGAGCCUCGCGCAGCGCCGGCGCUCGCCGAGGCGCCCCGCGCGGCGCCGAGCGGCGCGGCG